UAUGCCAUUGUGUCAGAACCCUGCUACUAGAGCCUGGAUGUGGCUCUGAGUUUCAGGGUCACUGACAUUGAUAAGACACCUGCGUCCCAGGACUCGGAGGAGAAACGGCUGAUGGACUUGGCGGGGAAUUUGCGCGGGGUUUUACUGAGCGGGAAGAGACUGUUCAAAUGAGGGGGAGGGUAUAUAAAGGAGGGUUGGCCGGAGCCUCCCAUUCUUGGCUUUUCUGAUGUUCAUGUUUCCUACAGUAAAAGUUUCUGGUGAUAUCACAGAGAGUCUUGUGUGUUCAUUCAGGAGCGGCUGUGGUGAGCUGACACUAAGCCAAGAAUACGGACACCAUCCCGCUGUAGCGGUGAGGUGUAACAUGCAAGUGGAGGAUGAAGAGCUCUUGGGCGCCGGAGGAGGAAGGUCGGAAAGGGCCACUCCCGAGACGGACGCUGAGUUCCACCAGCUGGCGGCCCUGGCGUCCUCCACCGCUUAUGCCCAGCCAAAUGGGGUAACCCAGAGGCGUGGAGUGGUGCGGGGAGACAGCACCGGAGGAGAGGAAGGUUCACCUUCCCCAGGCCCGCAAAAGAUGGUGUUUCUGGAGGAGAGGAUGUCGGCGAUGGAGACCACCCUGGCAGUGAUGUCGAGGGCGAUGGAGCGCCUGGCGGUUUUGGCGGAGCCGGAGCGAGGAAGGGAACUUCGGGCUAGCUCAAUGUGGGACGUGAGCGUGGGAAGCAGCCAGGGCUUUGCAGACCUCCCAGCACCGAAGGGAAGGGAAAUGCGAAAGGAGCCCGGUGCCCGGCCCAAGAUCCAAACGAGCCUGACGCGGGUGGAGGAGAGUGACGACGAAGGGGAAAAGCCUCCGAGAAUCCCGGCUACGCUCCCAACUGAGACCCUGGUGCCCCUGGCGAAUGCCGGGCGUGGCACAGGACAAAGGGAAGCAGCAGCGGGGCCCACUGGCCCGCAAGGGGGCUUGCGACGGGCGGAGGAUUGGGGAUUGCCACCACAGGGACCCCUACCGAGACGAGAGGAACUAAGGAUCGAGUUUGGGGGAGAGUCCUCUGAACUGGAUUUUUUCCUGACCACGGUGAGGGGCUAUAUGGAGGACAAUGCCCACACUUUCAGAACGGAAUCCAGCCGGGUACGGGCCAUUGGUGCAGUGUUGAAGAGGGGAGCGGCCAGCUGGUACGUUCAACUACACGCGCGGCGCGACCCAUGUCUGGGGUCACUCCGACGCUUUAUGGGGGCCCUGGAGACCCGUUUCCGAGAUCCACUGGAGCAGAUCCGGGCGAGGGAGGAGUUGAAGACCGUCUCCCAGGGGCAGAGGUCGGUAUCUGAGUAUGCGGAGGAGUUCCAAUGCCUCGCUGAAAAGGUGCCGGAAUGGUCUGCAGUGACAAAGAUAGAACUCUUCAAAGAGGGGCUCAGGCGGGAGAUCCUCUCCUGGGCGGUGCAUCGUGAUGAGCCUGACACACUGCGCGGAUGGAUUCAGCUGGCGGGGCGCGUCGAGACAUCGCUGGCCCAGGCGAGGAGGCACCGAGGAGGGCUACAGCAGCGGCCGCAGAUGAAAGAGGGGAGCCGGAAGGAGGGAUCAACCCCAGCCGGGAGGAGAACGGAGCCGCCAGGGAACGUGAGCACCAGCAGGAGGGGCUGCUUCGUGUGCGGCCGUUUGGGCCACAGGGCUGCCGAGUGCUGGCAGAGAAAAGGGGAAGGCGGAGGCCCGCCCAAACCAAGAGCCGUGGCAGGGAAACGCGCCGAGGAAGAACCACCGAUGAGGCACCACUCGGGGGGGUUGGACGAAGGGGAGGAGGACGCCAUGUCAGAACCCUGCUACUAGAGCCUGGAUGUGGCUCUGAGUUUCAGGGUCACUGACAUUGAUAAGACACCUGCGUCCCAGGACUCGGAGGAGAAACGGCUGAUGGACUUGGCGGGGAAUUUGCGCGGGGUUUUACUGAGCGGGAAGAGACUGUUCAAAUGAGGGGGAGGGUAUAUAAAGGAGGGUUGGCCGGAGCCUCCCAUUCUUGGCUUUUCUGAUGUUCAUGUUUCCUACAGUAAAAGUUUCUGGUGAUAUCACAGAGAGUCUUGUGUGUUCAUUCAGGAGCGGCUGUGGUGAGCUGA